UUUAUUAUUUGGCACAUUUGACCGCAAAUUAAGUUAGAAACGUCGCUAAAGAUGACUGAGUACAGAAACAAUUCAAUAGGAAUAUAAUUUUAAUAUUAUUUUUCAUUGAAUUUCCGUAGAGAUGUGACAGAGAUACAAAUUGCUCUAAUUGAAAGAUUGAAUAAAAAUAUAGAUGACAAUGAAUACCGUGUCAAUAUGGGCAAGUACGAAAAGUUAAAAGCAAAAAAGGCAACGAAUCUAUGUUAUGUACACACCUAAAAUGAAAACAGUAAGCAAAACGGUGAAUUUACGUGAUCGUCACCGCCGUAGACGCGUAGAUCAUUACGAACGCAUUUGCAUAAGUAUCUAUAUAUUUGUGUAUGUGUGUUAGAUAACAUCAAAUUGUUGGUGCACAAACUAGCCGAGCGAUCAUUCAGAAGACCGUCUGAUCGAGGAAUCGACUCGUGAAUGCGCUCACAAAGAACGCUCGCUUUCCGUGUACAAUUUGUUUAAUCUCUGAGGGGAACUUGCUACACAUGCUUAUGUAUAUGUACUUACUUUCAUGAACAUAUAGAUACACAUAUGGUAUAUAGUUAUUUAAUGGCGAUCACCUAGCAAUUCAGUCGAAUUAUCAAUUUCUCAGAGUCAAAGCAGUCGCUUAUCACUGGCGCCGUGUGUCGCAAACCGUGAUGAUCACUCGAAAUUUCCGCUCAUUCUCAAACCCAUACACAUGCACGUACAUAUGUGUGUGUGUGCAUGCAUUUCAUCUAGCUGCACGCUCAUCUGUGUCGUAGCGGGAAGCGCUGAACGCGCGCGUAACUGAGUGCUCUGCUGUGGUUAGUGAUAAUGAAAGCAAAAAUAACAAAAACAGUCAAUAAUAAACAAAUAAAAGUAAAAUAAUCUCAAUCACACCGUUAAGCACGAAUUUUUCGUGACGAGCGUGUGCCAGUCGUAAAAAGUCAGCCAUCGCGUAGUAAACGGAAUAGCAGUAAAGAUACUCCGAUAUCCGAAAAGAGUUAACAGUGAAUUAAUGAAUCAAUAAGAGAGAAGACACACUACAUUUUUAAGAUUACGUAAAUCAAGUUCUUAACCCCGAUUACAUAUGUACAUAUGUGCGUCAUUUCACAGCUAUUGCCACGCAAUUGAUAAACAACAAAAACAAAAUACUGCAAAGCAACAAAGCUGAAAGAGAAACAAAAAGAAGAGAAGAAAGAACUUGCAAAACAUCCACGCACGCUAUAUAAUGCAAUAAUCCACCAGUUCAAAUCGAAAAAGUUCUCCACCAAGUCAGCAGUUGCAAUAUAAGCAGCGAUAAGCAGCACGAAUAAUUGCCUCGCCGCGUCGAAACUAUCCGCAGUGCAGUUGAGCCAUCCCAAGGCAGCGGUCAGCAACUAUUACAACGAUUAUAGCAUUUAUAUGCCAGUCAGCACCUCCCGUCAAUGUGCCCUGCUCGUGCUCACAUUGUCGGCUUAACAAAUAAUUAGUCAAAGCAACCAGUCAGCAACCUGGCCAGAGUCAGCGGCGAUUGGUGAUUGUCGUCUCACAACAGCAGCAGCAUCCGUAAUAGCACCAAGAGCAAAGUACAAAACAACAAACAGACAAACAAAGUACAACAGAAAUGUUGAAAACAAAAGCGAAUGAUGACAAAGUGGAUACAUUGUUGACCAAGGGUCUGGUGCCGAUAAUUGAUCUCGCUCAUUGCGGGACUGAGGAGGCGCCAGUCCGUUCAGUUGUGAAUCGUGUUGGUCACCAGUUACAAAAAUGUAUGAGUGAGAAAGGACUCUGCUUGCUUGUAAAUCAUGGUAUUUCCGAUGAAAAGUUGAAAACCGCUUGGGAUCAUCUAGAUGACUUUGUUGAUCUACCGAAUGACGUAAGGGAGCUUUAUAUACGCACUGGAGACGAUAAUCAUGGUUACGUACGUCCUGGUGUUGAACGUUUCGAUGGCAAAACACCCGAAUUACGUCACGCUUUCAACAUAUGCACAUUAAAUGCUACAAAUCUACCUGAGGAACCGUUGCCCGGGUUUGCAGAACAUAUAUCUUCAUUGGCACAGGAUUUCAAGGCCCUUUCGCGCUUCAUCCUACAGGCACUUGCUGUCUCCCUCGACAUACCACAGUCGUUCUUCCUCGAGAAGCACUCACACAUGCUGUCUGGUGACCACGACAAUGAGUCCACACUGCGUCUCCUGUAUUAUCCCCCCAUCAUUGAAGACACCGAUGAUAAGAAUGAUUUUAUCAAGGGAAGUUGCAUUUACAGUUAUCAGCGUUGUUUGUCAGAUAAGCCUGAUUUCCGGCCCGAAUCAAAUCCGCGUGAUGAAAUUAACGAACUGGAUGGAAAUGAAGAGAACAAGAUCAGCACCGUCCGCCAAUUGCCCAAUGGUGAGAUGAUACGCUGUGGUGCGCACACAGAUUAUGGCACAUUCACAUUAUUGGCACAAGACUCAGAAGGUGGACUUGAGGUGAAAUUACCUGGUAGUGAAAAGUGGCAGCGCGUGGGUCAUCUGCCCGGUGCCAUAUUGAUAAACUGUGGUGAAAUCCUCUCAAUAUGGACGAAAGAAAGAUAUCCUGCAUUGCCUCAUCGUGUUGUGAUACCGGAGCAACAUCAUAUACGUACACGAGGACGCCACUCAAUAGCAUUCUUCUGCCAUCCAGAUAAUCUAACUAUGAUAUCACCAAAUGAUCUGCCCAACACCGAAGCCGGCACAGACACCGUCGACAAGAAACCGCGCAAGAAGUCAUUCAAAGCGGCGAAAGAGAAGGUCUAUAACGCUUACCAGUUGAUACAGAAGAGAUUUCGAGAAACGUAUGGACAACAAAACUCGCACUGAUAACCACACCGGAACAACUUAGCUCCUAGUUCAUUGAUCCAUAUUACAACUUACCUUCUUGCAUAGAUUAUUUAGCACAUAACGGCAGUUAGGUGAAUAAUAUUGUGUUGCAGUGUUUCAGUUGUAACAUUUACGGAGCACCUCUGGUUAGUGGUUUGAACGUUCAGCGUUAAGCCACUCUUUCGUUCCCCAAAAAAGAAGAGUUGUGCUUGCUUUCUUCAUUAAGUUUAAUUUAACUCAUUCAUGUUGUGUUUAUAUUUGUAUGUCAGACAUAAUUUGUAUUCGUAUUACAUACAUCGUACAUAUUUUUAAUAGAAUUUUAUCCUAGUUGUACAUAUUAUAUACACCUUGCUACAUCUACACAAAGUAUACAAUGCAUAUGUAUAUGCAUGACGGAUGCACAACAUAGAAAUGUAUGCGUGUGUGUCCGCAAAGUAUACAUUGGCAACGUUCGUAUUAAUAUUUACGUAAAUAUAACGCCCAAUUACAAUACAUACAAUAAUUACAAAUGUAUAAUUGUCUUUAGUUUGCAUUAAUUUUAUUGUAAACUUCUUAGUAUUUCAAUUCCUGAAUUGACAAUUAACAAACACACAUUUAGUUAUAUACAUACAUACAUACUACAUAUACUGUAUAUACAUACAUAAGAAACUUAGGUUUUAAUUCGCUCAUACUUUCUAUUUCGCGUCAUUGUCGAGAGUAAUUACAUAGAGAACAUACAUAUGUCUAUUUGUAACGGUAAAUAAAAUUAAAGUAUAUAAAACUAAAGCAUAAA